UGCCGAGGUACACGCUGCCUCCCCUUCGCCGCCGCCUUCAUAAGGCGGAAGUAGCUUCGCCGAUGUGGCGGCGCCCACGAUGGGUCGAAAAAACAAAAAGAAUCGCCGAGAUGGAGCCUCCUCGCAGCUGCGGCGAGUAAUUACCUUCGACGAGGAGAGUCGCCGGGAAUACUUGACAGGAUUCCACAAGCGGAAGGUUGAGAGGAGGAAAAUAGCUGUGGAGGAGAUAAAGCGCAAACUGAAGGAGGAGCAACAGAAGAUGAAGGAAGAGCGCCACAAGGAAUACAUGAAGAUGCUGAAGGAGAGAGAGGAAGCCUUAGAUGAGGCUGACCAAUUGGAGUGUAUGGUGACCUCACAGCAGGAGUUGGUGAGCUAUGAUCACCCAAACCACACAGUUACUGUAACUACGGUCAGUAACCUGGACCUCUCGGGAGCGCAUCUGUUAGGGUUGGAUGCUCAAGAGGAAGAUACUGAGCCGAAAGGAGAUGAUGUCUCAAAAUCUACGUGCACGUUGCCUAAGAAAUCUAGAGACCCUUUCCUGUCUCAGAGGAUCUCUUCACUCACUGCCUCACUUCAUACUCGUAGUCAGAAAAAGACUAAAGGCAAGCAGCCCAGGCACAGUCAUGGAGUGAAGAAGAGAGCCCAGAAACCAAGCACAGGCCGAACCAGCAAAUCCCAGCGUCGAAAAAUGACGGGCAAAUGUUGGCGUGUUAAGGACUGAUGAACAAGAGGAAGAGAAGGUAGCAGCAUGAGCAGAAGCAAAUGGCCCCUUGGCAGCAGUCUCUCACUUACUGGAAGGCCCAUUUUGUCUUACCAGAAUGUCUCCAUUGUUGGGGAGUGGCUGCUGAACUUCAGAAUUCUCCUGGACUAAUGCAGGACUUGAGGAAUGUUGGCUAAACUCUUUGUUUUGGAUAUAGAUUUUCUGCCCUUAAGGAAGUUUGUACUGGUCAAGGUUCUAUCAGUAUACCUUUUUUCCUUCGUCUGACAGAAAUGGGGUAGGAGAGAAAAUUAAGUGCUUCCCUCUCUCUCCAUCCAAGUCUGGAUGACAACCAGGUCUUUUAAACAUCACAAGUCACCUGGAAGGGUCCACUUGGCUUUCAUGUUCUUGCUCUUGCAUGAACAGUUUUUCAUAUCUGUGAAAUCCCAUCCCAUCCCCACUAGGAAGUUGGGUGCCAUGGAUUUUUACCACAGUACUGUGUUCCAGUGGGUGUACAGACCCAGCAACAGUUCUUCUGAUGUGUUUUUGUUGUUUAUAAAUAAAUUUUGUAACAAAUUUG